GGGGGGAAAAGGGGAUGGGGCAGAACGCCAGAACAAAAACCUUUGCACAGUAUGUCAGAAAUUCCUUCUUGGUGGUUUAGUUUAGUUUCCACUACAUUUUGUUCUUGUUUAUUAACUGAAACUCUUUCUAAUAAAUUGAUAUGGCAGCUGAGUUUAAAAAAGAAAAACAGCAUUGCAUCCCCUUUAAAUUAGGGAGGAUAUCUGGUGGGAUGGCUGUGUUGUCAGAUACACUUCUAAUAAAAUGAAUAUUAGCGGUGAGACAAGCUCUUUGGAAGUCAGCUGGGAGAGGACAUCUCAAGUCAUAGAAGCACUGCUGAAAGUUUUGUCCAGUGUUAUCUAACAAUCUGAAGGAGGGAGUUAGUAUCUUGCUGCUUAAAUUUACAGGCAAAGCAAUACUGAAAAAGAGCUGUAUAAUUCCCAUAAACACUGAAUAACACGAAGCAGCCAGAAGAGUGGAGCUGAAAUCAAAUGGAAUUCAGCUUGGUGAAAGCAUGAGACUGCUUUUUCUCUGAAAUUAUGCUUACCAACAGUACUGACUGGAAAAGAAAUCCUUGGGAGAGUUGAUGGAGAUGUAACAGUUGAACAGAGUGUUUGAAAUGCCAGUUUGCCAAACACGUUGGAGUUGUAGAAAAGUUUACAUCUGCAUUGAAAUUGUGGAAGUGCUGUAUCAUAAUAAACAGCCACGUGAGAAAGAAAUGUUCCUCAGAAUGCUAUCUAGACCCGGGGCGCUUCCACAUUCCACUUGAAAUGGGUGCUCUUGACAGGUUAUGCUUCCUUUUUGUCAUGCAGUUAGCAUGCUUUGAAGUCUGAAAGACCUCCUUGGUAAGACUGCCAGAGCAGAAGAUGCCAAUCAAAUAAAUGCCUGGUACUGAAGAGAAUAGCUUAACCAGCUACUGGACGAACUGGGACAACAGAAGCAUCUUUCUUUCCAGCUAGAACUUUAGCUAUUAAUAUUAGUAUUCAUGGCUCAAGCAGCUCUGACAGUGUGUGUUCUCAUCGUGGAACUGGGGAGACUGGAGACAUGAAGCACUCUUACACUGCUGGUCAACUUUUAAUAGAGAUGAUUACCAUUGUCUGGGAGUGGAUGUCCACCAGGAAGAAGGGCUGCUGCCUCAGUGAGUUGUUUAGGGAUUGGGCUUCUGCCUUCUUCCAAAUGCUGCCUCAGUGUACUUAUUAGUCACGUAACCUUUGAAGAAAGUUAGCUUCAGUUCUCAUCGUGCAUUUCCAGCUAAAUGGGCAUGGUUUACUGAAAUACAAUGUGCUGCAUAAAGCAGUUUAUGCAGUAAUGGGAAGACGAUUUCCUUGAUAUUUUUUUUCUUACCGAUCACCUUUUUGCUUAGUCCCAGAAAGGGAUUUCAGAGCAAUGUGACGUAUUUUGGUCAGCCUCAUUGGGUACUAACUGAAUGAGGGCGUCCCAUGGCUGUAACCAUUGCAGAUGCUUGUUAUCCUAGAUGCUACUCUUGUAAAAACACCCUCUCAGUAGGCUGCUGCAGCUCUGAAAUUCCCCUUGACUGCACUGUAAUUGUCUGUGCAGGUAUUUGCCACUUAAUAUUACUCCUAGGCAUGAACUUCAGUAUGCUGGCUUGUGAUUGCUCAAGAGUAUUUCCAUGUUAUGUUCCCAUUGCCAUGAACCUUGUUAAUGAAAUUUGUGUAAUCCUUUUUGCUGUAGAGUGCCAGUUCCCUUAAUAUGUACUAAUUUUGCAGCUGUGGUCACAUGGUCUCCCCUCAGAACAGUGCACUAUAGAAAAUUGCUUUUCUGGGAGCUUUUUGCAGUGUCUGGUCUAGAAAUCCAUUGCUCGUAACUAUGCUAGACUGAGAUUAGACAUUUCCAAACUGUGGUCUUCGGAAUGCAUAAUAGUAUGUAUAGUUCUGCCUGCCACAUGAUAAUAGCUUCUUACUUUCAAACUCCUUUAAUUAUGUUAACGUAAAGCUUUAAAUGUGUAUUUGCUUUCCAAUGGAAGCAAUUUCUGUAACUGUGGCAGUGGUAUGUGCCCUGAAAUACGAUGUAUGAUCGUGACCCACUCCCCACCAUUCUAACGUGUCUUACAGGUGGCUUUCGUUGUUGAUGAAGAGUUUAAUAGGAACAGAGAAGGAUAAUUCCAAAAACGACAGGUAUUGAGAGAAAGCAUGGCAGUUGGGUAGCUCACUCUUCCCCGUGGAGUUGCUGCAGAAUGGACAUUAGGCUUGGCAGGGGAGCUUUUGCAGGGAAGUGUGUGGUCAGUGCUUUUCUGCAGCAGAGGAAUAGAUACUGUGACUUGGUUUCUGUUUACACAGUGAGCUAAGGAGUAAACGUCAACUGUCUGUUUGUCUCUUCCACCCCGAGAACAAGAGUGACAGUGACAGCUUUGAUGUGCUGUAACUAGGUUGCAGUGAUUUGCAUUUAUGGCUUUAUUUUUUGAUGCUGGGAGGGCAAAGAUACUAAAGUAGAUCAUGGUGUUUAACGUGAGACAGGCGUUCCACCCACCUCAUUAAUGGUAAGAAUUUCCCCCUUUCUGUAUGGAGAGAAAAUAAGUCUGCUGUCAUAAUCUAGGUGACCUUCCUUAGUGCUUGGGAGGCCUUUGUAUGCUACAUCCUCAGGCAUGAUAUCAAGAAAAAGAGGGUGGGGAAGAACAAUGGGUUUGUUUUUUGAGGAACAGAUGGGUUUGUUUUUCUGCCAGUUCUGGUAAUAGCUUAAAUAUGGACUGUCUUCUCAGAAAGACUAAGAAGUGUUUUAAUCUAGGUGAUAUGUUGGAGAAAAGGGUAGGAAAAGGAGAGAGAGCUCAUUUGAUUAAACCACAUUCUGCUUUCUAGAGGAGUUAUGUGGAAGAACAGGAAGUGUUCCCCUCUUUACCUUAACCUCUCGUGGUUUGGGUGAUGGGACCAUGGUAAGAUGCUGUAGAGCUUUGUAAACAAGAGAUGAAAUUGUGAUUUAAAAUCUUUGUUUAUCUGAGAUGAGACAGGUGUUUCCUAUCCUCUAUGGUAAUAGCUGAGACUGAGUUGCUUCUGGAGGAUGUUGUACAUAUGUUAAUUCCCCUGGUUUUCCAGACAUUGAAUUCUGCUUCUACUUGAAAAAUCACCUUACUUUUGGAGAAAUUGGCACAUUAUAAUGAUGUGUUCAACUGCAAAAUGUUUUUUUACACGAUUGCAGCAUCAUUUUAAGAGCUGAGAACUAUUUUAAGGUUUGUCAAUGGGUCCAUUUCUUGGCAGCACUAUGUCUUGAACUUGUAUUUUAGCAACAGUACCUUUGAAAUCCUUUUGGAAAAAGGCCUCUUGUACUUGGUCUCUAAUGUAGUAUGCCCUUGUGAGAAGGCUCUUUGAAAGGCUCUUUCAUGUUUGCACAGCUGGAAUGUGAUGUUAGCCCGAGGAUGUGUUGUCUAACUCCAGCUGAAUACUUUAACCAGUGAACGGUGGCUGAGGAGGAGUGGGCACAGAGGGAACUGAGUUUAGAUUGGGCUGUUCAGUAGUUCAUUGAUAUCCUGGUGAAAGACACAAAUUAUUACAAGAGGAAAUCAAGUUGAAAAUUAGAUGCCUUUAACAUUUCUCCCUUCUUUCCCGAACUCAAGCUGCUUUCCAUUGAUUCUAAGCUGACUCCUUAAAGUAUUGUCUUGUGCUCUCAGCUUUAAUUGCCAGAAUAUAGCUGGCAAACAGUACUGGAGUGGAAGAAAGUACUGGAAGAAAGGAAAAUGACCAGAGGUCUGAAAGAAAGAGCUGUGGAAUUGCUGUACUCCUCUAGUCUUUGUAGCUCUAUGCUACCUACUAGUCUUGACUCUGCAGUGCCUUUUGCCUUACUAGUGGGUUAUCUGUUGCUAUUUCCCAGCCCUCUCCCCAGAAGACUUCAAAUUUCAUUAUAGAUAAGACAGGAAACAGAUGAACAAAACCAGGAAGACUGUGUAAUAAUGUGUCUGCCUUUAAUAACGGAACAGUUUUGUAAUGUUUACUGUUGGUCUGUAGGCUUCCUAGGUAUGGGUGUUAAAGACAUCAUGUGUUCAUGGCAAAUUUGACCGAAGUGACGAAGUCUGGGUUUGGAGGUCUCUCAUUCCUGUUUACGCUGUGACCUCUGUAACACUUUCUCUUCCUGAUUAAAUGCAUGUGCUCUUCUCUGAAAUUCUGUGUUAGUGUGAAAGAGAAGAGUUACAGAAUGGUGACUGAUCAUAUUCAAAAAACUGACUCCAAUUGUUUUUUUUUUCCUGUGGAGUUCUGUUUUACUGUCUAGACUCUAUCAGCAUCAAAAUAACUUCCUUUCCUGUAGCUUUUCCCACUAGAUCUCAGAAGUUAGACAUCUUUAUUGCCUAUGUAAAUGUUCUCAAGGAAUCUGCACGUUGCAGCUAGCAGUGUUCCCAAGAGUGUGUCUCCAGGGAACCAGCAUUUCUGCUAUUUUUAGUGUCUUCUACUUGAGUCCUCUAUUUCCUUUCUGUGAGAAACUUCACAAAGUGGCAAGAGGUUGAACCAUACAAUUAAGUGGAUCUCAAAGCUGCACGAGAGGCUCUUGUUCCACUACCAAGAAACCUGUAAGCACUGCAUGGGUAUUUUCACCAAACCAGAUUGUCCCCAGCCACCACAGCCCGAGAAUGGAGGCUACAAAUGCCACCCUAGUCCCUGCAACGACCCUCUGACUUCGGGCAGUGUCAUAGAGUAUCUGUGUGUUGAAGGCUACAUGCUGAAAGGAGACUAUAAAUACCUGACCUGUAAGAAUGGAGAGUGGAACCCUGCCAUGGAAGUUAGCUGCAGACUCAGCCCGGAAAAGGACUCCCCACCAACAAUUGGAGUGCCUACACUAUCCAUAGUAGCCUCCACAGCAAGCUCUGUCGCCCUGAUUCUUCUCUUAGUUGUGCUGUUUGUUUUGUUGCAGCCAAAGCUGAAGUCGUUCCAUCACAGCAGGAGAGACCAAGGUGUGUCUGGGGAUCAGGUGUCUAUCAUGGUGGAUGGUGUCCAAGUGGCCUUGCCAUCCUAUGAAGAAGCAGUGUAUGGCAGCACGGGGAACUGCAUUCCACCCUCGGACUCCCGCGUGCAAAUUGUGCUGUCGGAGGGAGCUGGGCAGAACGGAACCAGAGAGAUGCAACAGCAGGACCAAGGGGUUCGCAGUAACCUUGAUAGAGAAGAUGAAGCCCCUGGACACUCGGGACUGUGUGAAGCCAGUGGCUCUCAGCGCUCUGAAACUGUUCUUGUGCACCAGGCUGCUACCUCUUCCUGGGUAGCUGGGAUGGCAAGCAGUAGACCUAUACAAAAAGAAGUCCAAGAUUCAGAAAGCAGUGACAUACAGAGCCUUUUAUCGCUCACUUCCUCUGAGGAAUACACAGAUGAUAUUCCCUUACUGAAGGAAGCAUGAGGCCUGCUGUACGUGUCUCGCCUUCUCGCUCUUGGAUUUCUUCCUUCUCCCCUCCCUGCCUUCAGGACAGAAGCACUCUGUGCAGCCUUCCCCAUCCUCGCGAGCUGUACCCUGGAUACCUCUAAGCAGAGACGCCCUCAGCUGAAGAUCCAAAGGAUGUCGCCAGGUUGCCUCCUGGAUGCACCAGUGGGGCUGGUGCAGCGCUGGCUUCCCCAUUCCAUAUGCAUCAGAGACUCAAGGAACGUAGUGGAUUUGAGCUCUCCUCUCCUUUUCCCCAGCCAGAUGUUUGACAGCAGUCUCUGAAGAGCUGCUCUUUUUCUUGUGCCUUUUUCCUUCUCACACCGGCUUGUUGCAGCUUGGCAGCCUCUCUAGCCCUUCUGUUGUCCAGAGAGCAGGGGCUGAAUCCGUUUGCUCUCUGGGUGCAGGCAGUUUAUAUAUACAUAUAUAUGUUAUAUAGGCUCUUCUUCCAGCAUCCUCUUUAUAACAGAGCAGGACAAACCGCCUCACGGGGACUGACACUGGCUUUGAGAGGGAUCCCAGGUAAGGGGCAGCUUGUAAUAUCUAGGAGCGCCUCGAAUGAGAUAGGCUGCGAGGCAGCUUAGCUGUGCAAUAACAAUUGAGAAUUGCUAAAGCACUGAAGGCUGAGAAGUCCAAAACAUAGGAACUUCUGCCCCCUUCUCAGAACACACCUCUACAAGAGUCCAAUCCUGAAAAAUCACUUUUGUCUCCUUCCUUCACUACCGGUGCAGCCCACUUGGUUAUGUUGGGUUUCUGGAGGCUGUGAAUGGGGCUGUACUGAUGAUAAAAACCACUCUUUCAGCUUUGGUCUGGUGCCAGAGCAGCUCCUGGUGUUAGACUGUGGGAGAGCCUUGGGGAAUGGCCAGUGGAAAGUGUGCAGAAAGCUUGGAGGCUCUGACUUUCUGUGAAGCAGUAGCAUUCGGUUUUAGGCAAUCAGGACUGGAACCAAAUUUGUGGCCCCGCUCUUCAGGAUAAACCGUGUGUCUUACAGAGCUUUCCCAGUGAAGGUGGUUCUGCAUUAAUGCGUAGGUUCCUUUGGUCAGAUCUUCAGGCAGAGGUAAUGCUUUCAGAUGUAAUCUGGAAGCAGUUCAUAUGUUUGAAAUUGUCAAGAAAUACUUGCCCAUAGGUGGUGAAUGCUUCGUGCCAUUGGUGCAAUCCCAGGUUACCUUCCCAGCUGCACUAGGUAUUCUGGUACUUAGCCCCUCAGUACCACCUAAGAGGCUACUAUCUAGCAACUGUCUGCUGUUCUGUCCUGAUGGGCUUCAGUGGACUCACAGAGAAGGGCUUCUUCAUUUUGGCUUGGGGUCAACAGCACUUACAAGGUCUCUCCUAAGUACAACACAGGUUGCCUGUUGCUGCGAGAGAAGGUUGGCUACACUGACCGGAGGAUACCACAGCUUAAUUCUAAACAUAAAUUAUGAAGAUCACUUUAAGUUCUGGUAGCAGGGAAAAGAAAAUCCAAAAAUAUGUAUACCUCUGCUCCCUACAGUUACCUACAGCAGGUCAGAAUAUCCUGGUUGCUGUUAAAGGGACUUCAUUUUUGCAGCAAACCAACUUCAUUUGGGGUAGGUGAUCCAGUCACAGAAGCGUGGUAGUUGUAGGGCUCUUUAGAGGGAUGGUCUGGAAACUGGGUUCCAUGGAACUGGUUUUAUCAGGACAAGUUGGCUUCUUAAAUGCAGGUAUGUUGUCAUAACCAUCCUGAAGUAGCCAGAGAAGUACGAGAAGUUGCUACGUUUUCAUUUUAGUUGAAGGAGCAAAAUGCCACAGCCUUACAUGUCAUGAUGCAAUGAACAGGUAAAUAGGGCUGCUCUUUGCCGCUUUGCUUUUGUUUUAUGAUCCUUACUAUCCUCAUCCUCGUUGCUCCAAGAUAUUGCUCUCAGAGCACUUAGUAAAAGUGACAUAACACCUUAAAAAUAAAGUAAUAAUCGCUGUGGCUUAGCUCUGCUUCCUGGAAAUGGGCCUUGGCUGUAGUGUCUGGCCCCACACCUGCUGUUUCUGAUUAGCUGCUUAAUCCUAAGGCAGCUGGGUCAGUGCGUGCCUGUGGAUGGAAGAAUCAUUUUUUCCUCAUCCCUGUUCAGAGGGAUAUUAAUUUAAGAAUGCAGCAUUUUAAGUUUCCUUCCCUGUUGCUCAUGUUACCUUUCAUUUACAUGAGGACUUGAUAAAUCCAGUUUGGAUGGUUUGGGUAUUCUUUUGUUCAGUUGAGAUGAUGAAGAUCCCGUGUGGUUUUACAGCGGGCUGUUUUGUUUCGUAUUCAAGGACUGUAGAAUGAUAAUAUUUACACAUCUGUUAUUGGAAUUUUGGAAAAUAAGAGUGGAAAUGCUCAUAUUGUUUUCAACUCCUACCUUAAAAGUUAAAAUAGUCUCUUUCACUGGUUUCAUCAGGGCAUGCGGAGAGACUGAGCAACUGCAAGGCUGAGCGGGAGAAUAUGUGACUUUUCUAAGUCUCGUAUUUUCUAAGGCCUAACCAGCUCAGAGCAGGAGCUAAGGACUUUCCUACUCAAACCUGAGCGAUCAGGGAAUAGAAGUUAGGUGUGUGCUGCCUUCCUGCAAGGAGCAGUCCUUUUGGCUCAGUACAGGGUUGGUGAAAGGACCCCUUAAUGAAGCUGGAAGCUGAUGCCAAGGCUGACCUUGCCCUGGAUGAGUGCCUGCUCAGCUAGCAGAAAGCACAUACUGUGUGGUCCUGCCUCUGCUCUCUGCUGUUGGAAAGUAAGCAGCUGCCAGCUUAGGAGAAAAAAAUUCCGUCUGGGUGGGAAGAGAAGGAAGCUGUGCAGAAGAGGGAGUGCUUUCAUUUUGUUUCACUUACGGAAAUUAUGGAAAAUGGCUUUAGUAAUUGGGAAAAAUAUGCAGAGGUAGGAGGAAAGCAUGCAAGCAUGGGUCUUGUGAUCAGGCACUAACAGUCAGCCUCUGUUGGGCUGCUUGGGGAUGAAGCAGGAGCUCCCAGGAUGCUUUAUAUUGUCACAUAAAAGAGGGUAGAAUGGCUGGGGGAAGAACCUAGGCAUCAACCGCCUGACAACUUUUUCCAAAGGGGAUAGGGAUUAAGGACUCGUUUCAUUUACUGGUCAAUGAGUGAUUGUUACUUGUUUGUUCUUAUUCUGUGGAGGAUUGGGAAGUCCUUGGGACAGAGGUUUAGGAAGAUUAACUAAACUGAAGAAUCCUGUAUUUGCUUCUGAGAGCAAGGGCUGACGUGUGAGGAUCCCUCAGCCUGAGCCCUGCUCUUGCAGGGUGUUGGUUGCCUCUGCGAGUGUCCCAGAGAUGGCUGUCACAGGGAGGUCUCUGUGUGCUGAUAGGGUGUGCAGGGGCUCAGCCUCGCAAGAUGCAGCACGGUGGGUGACUUGCUUUGGUUUCUUUUCCACCUUUUUUCCCACCUACGCCUGACAAAAAGAAUUCAGAGGGAAGUAUGUUUCUUAUUUAAUGCCCCUGAUGUAAUCAUCUUACAUUGUGUCAUUUGUGCUUGGCCCCAUGAAAUCAAAGAACGUUAAAAUUAACUACAGAGGAAGAAUAAAAAUAGCACUUUUUACUUUAUUUUGUAAAUUAUUUGGGGGUCCAAUAUUUAAAAAAUAAAAGGGCAUGUCAGAAAUUUGAAGUACUACGUGCAAUAGAAAAAUAGGGGCAAUUGCAAGGAGCGGAGCUACGAGGGAGCAGCAGGCUGAGCCGCUGCAAGUAACCACGGGGUGGUUAAGUGACGUGCGGUGCAGAAUAGGGAACACAGGAAGGGAUUGGGGUGGGUGAGGAAGAGCUGUGGCCAAUAAGAGAAGUAUGCUGCAGGCUAAUGAUAGCCAAUACCUUCAUGACCAAGUUCUAAGGGAGUUGUGCUUUGUCUGGGUUUAGCAUGCCUCUAGGCUUGCUGGAUAAAAGUAUUCAUGUACAACUAGUAGGACACUGAGAUCUCCUUGCUGACCUUGGAACAGGCUUGCACAGCCUGGUUUUCAUGUUCCGAUAGCAGUUGUUCUACGAAAUCUACUUUCUUAUUUUCUCCAGGUAUCAGAUUAAAUCGAUUUCACUUUCUGGUUUCUGAAUAUAAAUGCAAUAACCCCCCAUUUAUUUUCCAUGUUGACCUCACCCCAGCCUCAGCCUUCAGCCCUUCCCAGGGAGCUGCACACUGAACUUGUUCUUUGAGAAAACCUUUCUUUGCCGAAGAACUUAAUUGGAAAAAUGUAUUCUCUAUGAAAUGCCUUGAAAGUGCAUAGAGGUUUCCUAAAGCGGGCUUCAUUUUAAGGCAUAUUUUUAUACAGGAGAUGAGCCCUCCUCCGGUUCUUCAGGCCUCCCCCCUGCCCUCCCAGCCAGUUCGGAGCAGGGUGUUUCCCACACAGGCCCUGUGCUCAGCGCUGCUUCAGGCGGGUCGCUGCAGGUUCCCUACACAUCCGUGCCCAGCAGAGCAGGCUCCCGAUGCUUUGCGUUUCUUUCCGUAGGCUCUGCUUUUGCUUCCAUUCUGGGGUAGGCACAGACAGAGGCAACGGAGUUGUGCUGGAAAAUGUUUCAGUUCUGAUUCUCAACUUCACUUAUUUUCCCCAGUCAAGAAGAACAGAAAGCUAAGUUGCCUAUGAAGCAGCUGUGCUGUGGUGCGGUGGGCGGACUGCUGGUAGCUGCUGGUGCGAAUGCAAGGAGAGCUUGGUUGCCUUUGGUGCAUUAAUCUUUUCUUCUUUUCCCAUAUGUGUUUGUUAUUUUUUUAAACUCUGAAUUGCACCACUAUGGAUUUAUUUGCAGAAUGGUACUCCAUAUGUAUGUGGGAUUAAAAACAAGACCAUAAUUGAUGCUGUGCAGGAUGUCACUCGAUCAGUUCUAUUUUGCUUUAUUUUAUAUAUAUUUUCUGGUAUCCUGUACAUUGCGGUGGGUGUGAAGAUAGUAUUUUAAUAUUUGUACAAAGUUUAAUUUAAUUGUUCUAUGUAUAUAACUGCAUUUCUAAAUUAAAAAAAAAAGUUCUUUUGAAGUGAA